CCGUAUCCCCGGGGUAAAAGAAAGAAUUUGGAGAAACCAUCAGUCCAUCACUCUGACCGCAAGGCAAAGCUCCUCCUCCUCCUCUUCCGUCCCAAUUCCGUUUUGGCACCCGAAAUGUUCAAGACAAAGCUGCAAGAGUUGUGCCAGCGUCUGGCAUUGCCGCUGCCGGAGUACACCGCCACCAUGGAAGGCCCGCCUCACGAGCCCAAAUUCAACGCCACCGUGACCGUGAAUGGCUUGCCGUUUCACGCCACGCCCAGCAAGUGCCGCACAAGCAGGGAAGCGCAGAACCUUGCUGCUAGCUUUGCAUACGAGUACUUUUCCGCUAAUCCGCCGGAAGUCUCCCUCACUCCCUCCCGGUCUUCGCCCUCAGAUCCCGCUCCGGCUCGACUUCCCGAUCACAUCGCCUUUGAUCAAGGCCAAACUCUGCCUGCUGACUCCCAACUUGUUUGUUCACCUCAGCCUCCUCAUCAUUCAUCUCACCCACAAAUCUCUACAGAUCCUCUUUCUGGCACUCAAAAUGUCCAAUCACAUCUGCCUCAAGAAACAAUCACAAAUGAUCCUUCAUAUUUGACCCAAAAUGAAUUGCUCGAUGGCCCCCAACCCCAUUCACCAGCCCCUCAGCAAGCACUGAUUUAUAAUCAUUCAUCUGCAACUGCAGAGGAGAUCUCUACUGCUCUGGUUGAUACCCCCCAACCUCAUACACCCCUGCGUCAGCAAACACAGAAUCAGAGUCAUUCAUCUCCACAGGGAAUCUCUACAGGUGGUAGAGUUUUGUACAAGUCAAAAUUGCAAGAGUUAUGCCGUAUGCGGGCAUGGAAACCGCCUGAGUACACGACCGUGAAAGAAGGACCCGAUCACAGGCCCCAGUUUACUUCAACCGUCAUUGUCAAUGGAGUUCCCUUCAAAACUCCACACAACCAAAGUCGCUCUUCCAAAGAAGCAACCAGCCUUGCUGCUUGUGUUGCCCUAGAGCACUUAACUGGUGUCAAGACAGUCUCCCAGGAAGGCCUUUUCCCAUCAAGUGCAGACAAUACUGAUGGGGUGCAAAACAAUGAAAGAAAUGAACAAACACCUGAUUUCAGUUCAACACCAUUGGCGGGUAGAGAGACAUAUAAAUCUUCAGAUGUACUACAUAUCUACAAGAAUCGGCUUCAACAAUAUGCUCAGAAGCAGGGGAUGACUCUUCCUUAUUAUUCUACUGAAACCGAAGGACCACCACAUGAGCGCCUCUUUAGAUCAAAAGUUGCUAUUGCUGGAAACAUCUAUGAAAGUCCACAAUAUUUCCGUACAUUGAAAGAAGCUGAACAAGCAGCUGCGAAAGUUGCUCUUGAGGCAUUAUCACCCGUUGAAAUUCAAAAGGGUGGAGGUCUAUACAAGACCCUUUUACAGCAACUUGCACAAAAACUGGGGCACCUUUUCCCUGUGUAUAAAACAAUCCAGUGUGGUCCACCUCAUGCUGCUUCUUUCAUAAGCACUGUGCAAGUUGGUGAAGAAACAUUCCAGGGGCAUGAAGCUAAGAGCAAAAAGCAAGCUGAGAUGAAUGCUGCUGAGGUUGCUUAUAAUACUUUGAUAGACUGUUCAAAUAUAUGUACGAAGAGGCAGAAAACAUCAACUUCCCCCGGGACCCAUAUCUCGUGUCUGCCCACCCCUCAUGGUGUUUCUUUAUGCCAAUAGGUACACAUUUGUAUCAGUUCAAAGACAUAAAAAACACCAGCGGCUUCUAUUACUCAUCUGUCUCUCCCUAAAAAAAAUAUUUUGUUUCAACACCGUUUGAGCAUCAUGGUAUUUUUAAUGUCGAUGAACCCGCUAAGAUAGUUUGCAUCAUUAUGUUCAGUCUUUAUCUCUUUGACUUUGGUAUUAACUAGUUGCAUUGAAAAGUGUAAUGUUUAAUAUACAAGCGGCAGUGAGAAGCAUGAUCUUGGUCUAUCAGUGUAUCAAGGAGCAGUACUUCCUGGUCAAGCUUCCAUUUUAUCUUGCAGCUAAGGAUGGUGGUUGAAGUAAAGUCAAAUGCUAAUUAUGGGCGCGCGUGUUACAUCUAUGGUGUCUUAACUAUGCUACAAGCACCCAUCCUCUCAAAUUGGAUAUUUAAUGUUUUGUUGAAUUCUUGCUAGUGUUGAUUUGGAUGCUUAUUGUUUGGAUACUUAUUCAUUAGUGUUAAUGCCCUUGAAUAUUAUUAACUGAUAAAUUUUCAGCUUUGGG